CGCAGCUGAGUUUGAAGCCUGGCUGCUCUUCUUCAGGAUGGCCGCGGAUAACAGUGUGCUGCUGGGUUUAGUGGAAGAAUUCGUGUCUGGACAGGUAGACAGCAAGGCCGCAGAAACCGUUACAGGUGUCAAGACCGGACAAUUCACGAUUCUCCAGCUGGUUGAAGCAUUGGGGUUGAGUCUGACCAGCUCUCAGCCUCAGACGCGUGGCCGAGGAGUUCAGCUCCUGUCUCAGGUCCUGCAGGAAUGCUACAGCAGCCUAUCUGAGAAAGAGCUGGAGGUCCUGCUAGCUUUCUAUGAAAACAGACUGAAGGAUCAUUAUGUGAUCAUACCACAUGUUCUUCAGGGGCUCAAGGCUUUGACGGAAUGCUCUGUUCUGCCUCCUGGUUCAGCUGUGUCCAUUUUGAGAUCCAUCUUCCAGGAUCUUCAUGUUCAGUCCUUGAUGGUGGCAGAACGAUCAUGUGUUUACAACAUCCUUAUCAGUCUAAUGGAGUCCAAAGAGGAGGAGCUCAAAGGUUUGGGUGCAGACUUCAUAUUUGGAUUUGUGCAGUCAGUAGAUGGAGAACGAGAUCCACGCAACCUCCUGCUGGCGUUCCAGGUGGCCAGGAACAUCAUUCACAGGGGUUAUGGUCUCGGUAAAUUUGUAGAGGAACUGUUUGAAGUGAUGUCCUGUUAUUUUCCUAUAGACUUUAGCCCUCCACCCAGUGAUCCUCAUAGGAUCACACAGGAAGAGCUUGUUCUUUCUCUACGGGCUGUUCUUACUGGGACGUCUCAGUUUGCUAAGUUUCUUUUACCAUUGAUCAUUGAGAAGCUGGACUCAGAUAUUCAGAGUGCCAAAGUGGACUCCCUGCAGACACUGGCCGCCUGCGGUCUGACAUAUAGCCAUAAAGAGCUGGCAGAAUUCCUUCCAGGCCUUUGGAGCUCAAUACGGAGGGAGGUGUUCCAGACGGCCAGUGAGAGAGUGGAGUCAGCUGGUCUGUCAGCUGUCAGUGCACUGGUGUCCUGUCUUUCUCGUUCUGUGCUCAGUUCAGAUUCGGAGGAUGUGCUGCAGGUGUUUCUAAGCCUCGUCCUCAAAGACUGUCAGCACCAUCUCUGCGAGCCAGACCUCAAGCUGGUGUGGCCCAGCGCCAAACUCCUGCAGGCCGCCGCCGGAGCCUCGUACAGAGCGAGUCUGAUAGUGUCAGCAGCCGUCAUACCUGCCCUCCUGGAGCAGUAUAAUAACAGGACGCAGUGUGCUCAGCGGCGCACCCUGCUGGAGGUUCUGCAGGGUUUCGUGCAGCCCACCGCACUCAGCCGGCCUGCAGAUGGAGAGGACAGUGUUUUGGUUGCGUUUCAGCAGUCUUUGUGUAGCGUGGUUUUCUCUGCGCUGACGGAGUCUAGCGCUGGUCUCCAGGUUACAGCCACAGGAGUGCUCACUGCUCUGGGACAGCAGCCCGGUUUGCUGGCUCAGACUGAUGUGGAGAAAGCGGUUGAUCAUUUGACCAGACUCAUUCUGGAGGAAGACGAUACUAAAGUCAGUUUGGCUGUGGUGGAGUGUUCAGGCUCUCUGGCUCAUCUGCAUCCCAAAGCCUUUAUUUCCAGGCUGAUUCCUCGACUGAAAGAAGAGAUCCUGUCAGGUCAGUCUGAUGCAGCUGUACGUCAGCGGUGUGUGACUGCGUUAGCGUCUGUGUCGUCUCUGCCCAGUGUGGUGCAGGAAAGCGCCCCCAUUCUGCUACAGGUGCUAGCUUCAGCCCACACAGGCAGCUGUGGUUUCUCUGUGGAGGAAGUGGUCGCUGUAUGCAUCAGUUUGCAGAAGAUAGCAGAGCAUGCGCGUGACUCUGAGGGGAUUGGACGGUUCUUCCGUGACAUCAUCAUUCCGCACCUUCUAGGACUCUGCUUACAGGCAGCGCUGCAGAGUAGGGACGCUGGUCACCGUAGUCCACUCACAGAUGAGAUCGUUCUGUCUGCUGUAGUUCCUGUCAUCAGCACAGCCUGUGCUGCGCUACAAUCAGAAUCAGCGUCCCGCAUGGCCUCCCAGGCUGUUUCUCUGUUCCUGGAUGGAGACGUGUCUUUUCUGCCAGAGAAUGCCUUCCCUUCCCAAAUCCAGUUGCUCCAGAGCCAGGCGGAGUCUCGGGGUCUGUCUCAGUUGGUGUGUCUGCUGAUGGCCUGCGUCUGCUCUCUUCCACGCAGCGUGGAGAUUCCUGAGAUUGACAGGCUUCUGGUGCAGUUGGAGGAUCUGAGCUGUACCUGUCCACACCUGUUCUCCUACACCUCUGCAGCCAAAUGCUUCGCUGGCUUGGUCAACAAGAGGCCGGCAGGUGAAGCUCUAGACGCGGUGCUGGAGAGAGUGAUGAAGAGGAUCAGUGUGGAGCUGGAGAACGUUUCCUCUGCUCAGCGGACACAAGCGUUCACUCUGCUGCUCUGGGUGUCUAAAGCCCUGCUCUUACGGUACCAUCCGCUCUCAACAGCCCUGACCGACAAGCUCUUCGCUUUGUUGAGUGACCCGGCGUUAGGAUCUCAGGUGGCUGAUGGUUUCUGUGUCCUCAUGAGCGACUCUCUGGAUGUGCUCAAUCGCAAUUGCCACGCCGACGUGCGCAUUAUGUACCGACAGCGCUUUUUCGCUGAAAACUCGACCAAACUCAUUCAAGGCUUCAACUCAGCAGAGCAGGAGGAGAAGUCUUGUUAUUUGAAGGCACUGUCGCACAUUGUCAGUAACCUUCCCAGACAGAUCCAGCUCACAGAGCUUCCUGCGUUGCUGCCGCUGCUGUUGGAAGCGCUAUCGUGUGCGGAUCAGGCGGUCCAGCUCUCCACUCUGUCCUGCCUGCAGCCAGUGUUGCUGGAGCCACCAGCGGCCAUCAGGAACCAGCUGGAGGCGCUGUUCUCCCGCCUGCUGGCCCUCACCACCAGCCCUGUUAUGAAAGUGAGAAUUGCGUCGCUCCAGUGUGUUCAUGCGCUCUCUCGCCUGCCUGAACAUAUGGUCCUGCCGUUCCGUGCCAGAGUCCUGAAAGCUCUUGCUGUUCCUCUGGAUGACAAAAAGAGGCUGGUGAGGAUAAAGGCCAUGGUGGCUCGAGGAGAAUGGUUUUUGUUAGGAAGUCCCGGUGGAAAAUGAACAGAUCAGUGCUGCUGAUGACCCAGAACAGAGACGGCUAACCGCUCACAGCAUUUGAUUUUACUCCCUUACCCUCUUUUUUAUGAUAUGGCAUGAGUCUGGGCACAGAUGUGGCUAAACAAACAACCACACAUACUGCUUGAACAUGAAACCCAGUGAUGCACUGAGCUUCUGCAGCGGAUGCUGAAUCAAGAGUAAAUCAGACACAUGAGCCACAGUGCAUCGUGUGCCAGCAGCAUGCGUGAUGUUAUCAUUUGUUCAAUCAUGCCGUGUCA